AUGGACUUUAUGAACAGUAAGUUACCCCAGUUUUUUGCUGCUUUAUUCUUCAUAGCAAUAAUCAUCUUUACAACACGACCUCAGAACAAAACAGAUGUGAAGAAAGGAGAAAGCUUCUCCCUAGAAUGUGAAGCUUACUCCAAGCCAGAUCUACCCAUCAAAUAUAAAUGGUUUCACAAUGGAAAAGACUUGAGAAAAAGCAAUCAAACAUUAAAUGUGACUUCAUCUCAAAUGGAGAUCAUCCAGCUACAAGACAGCGGAGAAUAUAAAUGUCGAGCGUUUGUCAAGACGAACAUUUACAAUACAGGAAAAUCUUCAACGGCCCUCGUCAUUGUAAACGGUCCUCCAGAUGCUCCACAAAAUUUAAACAUCAAUGGAGGAUGUCGAAACUUCACUGCUAAUCUUACUUGGACAUUAUAUCUCAACUCUUAUCACACUGUGGACAGAGUCUUCAUCCAGUGGAGUGUGAUGGAAAAUAUGACUAUGUGGUACAAUGUAACGGACAACAUGACUGUAAGUGGAAACCUAGAAGGUCGUAUCGUGAAGGGACUGAAUCCUUACACAGACAUAGUUUUUCGAGUGAUUGCUGAGAACGUUUAUGGAUUGAGCGAGCCAAGUAAUUACACAAAAGGACAAACGUGCAAAACCCCAGCUGAUAAGCCUUCCUUCUGUCCCAUUGAUGUUAAAGGAAGCUCAACGAAUCCUCGCAACAUCAGAGUAACUUGGAAGGACGUCCCUAAACUGCUUCAAAACGGCCCAGGAUUUGGUUAUAUAUUUCAAUACAGAAAACCUGGACGUCAAAUGUGGCUGGAAAAAGUUUUACCAUUUGGCAACGCCCCGGAGUUUACCAUCAACAGCACUUCUGCGUUAGAGUUGUGGGAAUUUCGCGUACUAACGUACAAUAGCGAAGGUGGAAGUGGUGAAUGUCCUACAGCGCAGGCGCGCUCGGAAAGUGACGGUACAUGUAAAAGCAAUAUCGCAAUACAAAACAACAUUGAUACGAUUAGUUAA